AUGUCCCAAACCAAUCAAGACCAAGAUCUAGCCACGUUUCGAACAUCAUUAUCGUCGAAAACAUGGUUCGGGUUCGACCUCGACGACACACUGCACGAAUUCCGUAAGGCAUCUGCCCAAGCAUCGUUAGCAGUCUUCACAGCGAUCCGGGAAGAAAGCCCAAAUAUCAAUCUCGACGACCUCAAGUCAUCCUACCGGGAUAUACUCGUCUCAACAACGGCGGGUGCAUUCGCGGACGGAAGGACAUCAGCCGAAUAUCGCAGGGAACGGUUCUCGCUUCUUCUCCAGGCCCAUGGACUGGAGGCACGGCUGGAGAGGCUGGACCGUCUCCUGGAAGUAUAUAAGAGUCAUCUACGGGCAGCGCUGACGCUGAAACCGGGGGCACUGCAACUACUCCAGCGGAUUAAGAGCCUCGGGAAGAAGGUCAUUGUGGUGACGGAGGGGCCGCAGGAUGCGCAGCAGUGGACUGUGGAGGAACUUGGGCUGGGACGGUACGUUGACGUGCUGGUCACGACUAAUGAGAUUGGGCUGUCGAAGGUUGAUGGGCUGUUUCCUGCUGUCUUGGAAAGGUAUGGGGUUGUUGCAGAGGAUAUGGUGUAUGUUGGGGAUAAUGAGAACCGGGAUGUUGUCCCGGCCCAGGCUGCGGGUGUUUUGGCUUUGCUGUAUGAUGAGAAGGGUGGUUGUUGGUUGGAUGAUUGUGCUGCGCUUCGGGUUGACUCUCUAGGAAAGCUGGAGGAUCUGUUGGGCUAA